AUGUUAGACAAUAAGUCGAACUCGAUAUUGAGAUCGUUAAUCUCCGGCAAUACAUACGGGCUAAAGAAAUAUGACUUUUGUGGAGUAGGAUUAGGCAUUGUGGCCGCCCUUGAUACAUCUUGUGAGGGUAGUCUAGCCUUGUGUGGCCGGAAUUUGAAUCGAUCCAACCCAGUUCCGGUCAAUUCACCCAGGAAUUCGACGAGAUUUAGGGUUGGUUUAGAGGAAAUGGAGAUGGACAAUUCGGAGGAGGAUUAUACCAUAGUGACUUGUCAUGGUCCAAACAAGUCAUAUACUAAAGUGUACUUUGAUGGAGAUGAACAUGGCAGGAAAGGUGAUGACAGAACCCCCUUCAGAAUACAACACAAUAAUAUAAAGACUAAAAGGGCAAGCGUUUUCGACAUAUCUCCGGCGAGUUCCAUAGAAGCUGCUGAAUUUCCAGCUUCUGAUUUUCUCAGUUCAUGCCAUAUGUGCCAGAAGAAACUUCAUGGCAAAGAUAUAUACAUGUACAGGGGUGAGAAAGCAUUUUGCAGCACAGAAUGUAGAUACAGACAAAUAGUGAUGGACGAGCGCAAAGAAAAAUGCAGUUCUGAAUCUUCAAGAUCUGUUGAUGUUUCAAACUCACCUUAUACAAAUGAAACAAUAUUUUCAACUGGAAUUCUGGCAAUUUAG